AAUCUUUGCGAAUUAUUAUUAUGAUAUUGCUAGAACUAAAAAAUCUUAUCUAAUAAGCAUUAUCCGGGAUAGGCUACAAGAAAAUAGUAUUGUACUUGCUCUAAUAGGCGUUGCAGUCUUUAAUAUUCAAG